ACAACGCGUUGCCGUUUGGUUCAAGUGAGCGGAUGAGCAAAGGCGAGACGAGAAAUUCCUUCGAUUGGGGCACAUCUCAAAGCAGCGCCAAAGGCGGGCAGGCGGCCCGAAGUUAAAGUCCAGCGAAUCGCCACACUACAGUUCGCUUUUAAAGUCAGAAUAUUUUUUGUGUCAACUAGGGAGUCCCGGCAACACUCGAAAUACUUCAAUUUUUUAAUGUUUAGCGUUUCAACGUUGACAAAAACUAUCAGAAAAUAUCAUAAUAACUAUUAGUAAAUCAACAAAUAUUCAGUUAGUGAUUUAAGCUGAAGUGAACCUUUUUUUUGAGACCACUUUGAUACUGAUCCUAUAAGUAGGCAGCACAUUUUUUUCUCCUGCCAGUGGAAACUUUUCAAGCGAAAACCCUCAAAAAAUAUAACAACGUGAAGCCCCAGCGUAAUGGGCAACCAAUUUGAGUAACAAAUAAAAAAUAUACUCUAUCCAUUGCAUGGGCAUAAAAAAUACACGAAAGUAGAAGUGGAAAAAACUUGGAAAAUUGCUACAACAACAACAACAAAAAUACAAACGCAAAAUGCAUUCGAGGCUAAAAUUCUUGGCAUAUUUACAUUUAAUAUGCGCCGGCAGCAUUUGCUGGCUGGAAUUCAGUGCCGCCCAACAGCAGCAGCAGCAGCAGCAACAAACGGCAUCGUUAACCGAGAAAAUACCAUUAGGUGCCAUCUUUGAGCAGGGUACAGAUGAUGUGCAAUCAGCCUUUAAAUAUGCAAUGCUCAAUCACAAUCUGAACGUUAGCUCCCGGCGCUUCGAGCUGCAGGCGUACGUAGAUGUCAUCAAUACGGCGGAUGCAUUCAAAUUAUCCCGACUGAUUUGCAAUCAAUUCUCGCGCGGAGUCUACUCAAUGCUGGGCGCCGUAUCGCCGGACUCCUUUGACACAUUGCACUCCUACUCGAAUACGUUCCAAAUGCCAUUUGUGACGCCAUGGUUCCCCGAGAAGGUGCUUACACCCUCGUCGGGUCUGCUGGAUUUCGCUAUCAGCAUGCGUCCGGAUUACCAUCAGGCGAUUAUCGAUACCAUCCAGUACUACGGCUGGCAGAGCAUUAUUUAUCUCUACGACUCGCACGACGGCUUACUACGGCUGCAGCAAAUCUAUCAAGAACUGAAGCCCGGAAAUGAAACAUUCCGUGUGCAAAUGGUGAAACGCAUCGCCAACGUAACAAUGGCCAUUGAGUUUUUGCACACGCUGGAGGAUUUGGGUCGCUUCAGCAAAAAGCGCAUCGUGCUCGAUUGCCCGGCGGAAAUGGCCAAAGAGAUCAUCGUGCAGCAUGUGCGGGACAUAAAGCUGGGCAGGCGCACCUAUCAUUACCUGCUCAGUGGUCUGGUCAUGGACAAUCAUUGGCCCAGCGAUGUGGCAGAGUUCGGUGCCAUCAACAUCACAGGCUUUCGCAUUGUCGACACUAAUCGGCGGGCGGUGCGGGAUUUCCAUGAUAGCCGGAAACGCUUGGAGCCGUCAGGCUCUGGCCUGGGCGCAGCGGGAGGCAACAGCUUACCAGCCAUUUCGGCUCAGGCGGCAUUGAUGUAUGAUGCGGUUUUUGUGCUCGUCGAGGCCUUCAAUCGCAUUUUGCGCAAGAAGCCGGAUCAGUUCCGUUCCAAUCAUCUGCAGCGUCGCAGCCAUGGCGGUGGCUCGAGCUCCUCCUCGGGGACGAACGAGUCGAGUGCCUUGCUGGACUGUAAUACGAGCAAGGGCUGGGUGACGCCUUGGGAGCAGGGCGAAAAAAUCUCUCGAGUCCUACGGAAGGUGGAAAUCGAUGGCUUGUCCGGGGAGAUUCGCUUCGAUGAGGACGGGCGCCGCAUCAACUACACGCUGCAUGUGGUGGAGAUGUCCGUGAACAGCAGUUUGCAGCAGGUGGCCGAGUGGCGCGACGAUGUGGGUCUCCUGCCCCUCCACAGCCGCAGCUAUGCGACUUCAUCGCGCUCUGCCUCGGCCAACUCAGGGGAUUAUUCCAAGAACCAUACAUACAUCGUGACUAGUGUUCUGGAGGAACCCUAUCUGAUGCACAAGCAGCCGCACUAUGGCGAGGAGCUGGUAGGCAAUGAUCGGUUCGAGGGCUAUUGCAAGGACCUGGCCGAUAUGCUGGCAAAUCAAUUGGGAAUACGAUACGAACUCCGUUUGGUGCAGGAUGGAAACUACGGCUCCGAGAAUCAGUAUGCUCCUGGCGGCUGGGAUGGCAUGGUGGGGGAGCUGGUGCGCAAGGAGGCAGAUAUUGCCAUAGCGGCCAUGACCAUCACAGCGGAGCGCGAGCGAGUGAUUGACUUUAGCAAGCCCUUCAUGACCCUGGGCAUAUCCAUAAUGAUCAAAAAGCCCGUCAAGCAGACUCCAGGAGUAUUCAGUUUCCUCAAUCCCCUGUCGCAGGAGAUCUGGAUGAGUGUGAUCUUUAGCUAUUUGGGUGUCAGUAUUGUGCUCUAUUUCGUCACACGUUUCCCGCCGUACGAGUGGCGCAUUGUGAGGCGACCCCAGCCAGAGGGCGCUGUCCAGCAACCACCCGGGAUCAUUGGUGGGGCCACUCACAGUGAGCCGCCGCAGCAUCAGUCUCCUGUUCCGGCCAACGACUUCAGUCUGCUCAACUCGUUCUGGUAUUCGCUGGCCGCUUUCAUGCAGCAGGGAUGCGAUCUGACGCCUCCAUCCAUUGCCGGACGGAUUGCCGCCGCCGUCUGGUGGUUCUUCACCAUCAUUCUGAUCUCCUCGUACACCGCAAACCUGGCUGCCUUCCUGACAGUGGAACGCAUGGUGUCCCCCAUCAAGUCCCCCGAGGAUCUGGCCAUGCAAACGGAUGUGCAGUAUGGAACGCUCCUACAUGGCGCCACUUGGGACUUCUUUCAGCGAUCGCAAAUCGAAUUGCACAAGAAGAUGUGGGACUACAUGAACUCCAAUCCCCAUUUAUCGGUCCAUGCCUACGACGAGGGCAUCCGCAGGGUGCGCACCUCCAAGGGGAAGUACGCCCUGCUGGUGGAGUCCCCAAAGAAUGAGUACGUGAAUGCCAGGUCCCCUUGCGAUACCAUGAAAGUGGGCCGCAACAUCGAUGCCAAGGGAUUUGGCGUGGCCACACCCAUAGGAUCGCCCAUAAGAAAACGCCUGAAUGAAGCCGUGCUCACGCUGAAGGAGAACGGAGAAUUACUGAGGAUACGCAACAAGUGGUGGUACGACAAGACCGAGUGCAACCCCAAUCUGGACAGCCAGGAGACCUCCACCCCCAACGAGCUAUCGCUGAGCAAUGUGGCAGGGAUCUACUACAUACUAAUCGGCGGCCUGCUCCUGGCCGUGGUGGUGGCCAUCGUGGAGUUCUUCUGCCGCAGCAAGACCUCGCGCCUGAAGGCCCCGUCCAACGGCACCGCCGGCGGGGUAACCGUACCCGGCAUGAUGGGCUCCUCUACAUAUCAACGGGACUCUCUCUCCGAUGCGAUUAUGCACUCGCAGGCAAAGCUGGCGAUGCAGGCCAGCAGCGAGUACGACGAGCGAUUGGUGGGCGUUGAGCUGGCAUCUAAUGUGCGCUAUCAGUACAGCAUGUAAGCGAUGUCCCGGCCACCAGCAUGCUAGCAUGGCGCAAUUCUUGUAAAUAAUUAACGCAUUAUCCGAUAACGCAUAACUAAACGACGCUGGCAAUCAACUCUCGGGUCUACAUAGAGCGAAUACCAUGGGAAUGAUGGCAGGCGGCGUUCGAAAACUGUACAGAAUAAUUAUAAUAUAAUUACUAUUAUUGUAUUUUUGAUAAAUGUAUACAAGGGCGUGCGUGCAUAAAUUAACUAUAACUAAUACUAAUACUAAUAAUAAUACAAAUACUAACCCUGUACAUAGGUUAAGUGAAAAUUACUUAUUCCAAAAAUACUCUAAUAAUAAA